UUUGGGCAGGUUUCUCCAUCUAGCUUGCUUGAGGAGCGCAUUGGGAAAGACGUUAAAAGUAUAUUUUUUAUUUUAAAAUUUCGAGUUUGACUCAUGUGGUAUUGUAUAUAUAUGUUCCGUAUUUGGUGCUGAAGUAGUUAAAUACAUUAGCCUCGUUCUAGAUGCAGAGCGACAUUUAGCGGUUGGAUCAUGGAACUGCAUGCAUUCGCCUCAGCGAGGUUAUAGGCAUUAUGCGUCCACACAGAAAAACAGCCGAGAAAGCCUCAUUCACUUCAAAGAGACGACUCAAAGAGCCGGAUCGUUCGCGAUCGCUCGCUCAUGAUUGAGCAGUGAGAACAGCGCCGCCCUGCGAGUCUGCUUGGAAGAUCUGUCUGAACCCCUGGGGACAUAACUACUAACCGCUCCUGAAGACAAGAGUGAAGAUUGCCCACCCCGUAAGGCAGGCUGCCACAGAUACAAGUACAUCCCCAAGGGACGUGGAUCCUGGAGGAGAAUGGACUUCCCAGGCCACUUUGAGCAGAUCUUCCAGCAGCUGAAUUAUCAGCGUCUGCACGGUCAGCUGUGUGAUUGUGUCAUCGUUGUGGGCAGUCGACAUUUCAAGGCCCAUCGCUCCGUGCUGGCGGCCUGCAGCACCCACUUUAGAGCCUUGUUCACGGUCACAGAGGGAGAUGCCAGUAUGAAUAUGAUCCAGCUGGACAGCGAGGUGGUGACAGCGGAGGCAUUUGCCGCCCUGGUGGACAUGAUGUACACCUCCACCCUGAUGCUAGGAGAGAGCAACGUAAUGGAUGUCCUGCUCGCAGCCUCCCACCUGCACCUCAACAAUGUAGUCAAAGCCUGCAAACACUACCUAACCACACGCACCUUGCCCAUGUCCCCUUCAUGUGACAGACCACCCCCUCACCGCCAACAGCAGGAGCAGCAGAGGCACAGGCAGCAGGCGGCAGAGAUUGCAGUGAACCCUGCAUUAGCGGCUAAUGCUAACUUGGCCGCAAACUCCGCCACCUCAAAGUUGCAGCGCUCCUUCUUGCUGCAGCAGCUCGGCCUCAGUUUGGUGAGCUCUGCUUUAGGUGUGAUGGAAGAGGACAGAGUGGGCAGCAGAGCGGUGGAACAGAGAGCCUCCUUCCCUAUACGCCGCUUCCACAAGCGUAAACCCUGUCCCAUGUCGGAAGAGACACCCAGGCUGAGGCAGCGGCCCUCUGCUCCGAAUUUGGGAUUACUGUCGGAAGACCAAGAAGAAGGAGGUCUUCUUUCGCCAGACUCACACAAGAUGGGGGAUGAUUCCAAGUUGGAUGCCGGCAUACUUGGCGCCCCACAGGACGAUCCUCAGAUGCCGAGUCAGUCAGAUAGUGGGUGCUGCGAGGGGGAGGAUUUGGGGAGAAUGCAGGGAGGGGUGGGCAAGGAGGAGGAUAUGGAAGAUGGAGAAACCCAGAGCAACAGAACAGGGGUGAAGAUAAAAUCAGGAGGUGAGGAAGAAGAAGAGGCAGAAGAACAAGAACAGAAGGUGCUGGUCAAACAAGAGCCGCUAAGUUCACCCGAGCCGGCAGAUGAAAUCAGUGACGUGACAUCGCAGGCUGAAGGCAGCGACCCAGCCGAGCCUGUGGGCCAGGGGGAGGUGGAGAAGGUGGAGCUGAGCCCAGAGAGCAGUGAUGACCGCAGCUUUUCCUCAGAACCGCAGCCCAGCUCUAACUCGCUGCUACAGUCCAGCUCACAGCUUCUCCUCAAGACAAGCAUGGGAGGAGGUGGGGGAGGUUUCAGGUGUAGUAACGGAUUGAACAGCAAACCCGAUUUCAGUAUUUCCAGCUUCCUUGGCCCAAAGAAUUUUGGAAGUGGCAAUAGUGGCUUGAUUGGUGGAGAGGAUGACCUUCCCAACACCACUACUGGGGAUGCAGUUGCUCAUAAUUUCUUGCUGAGACAGGAGGCUUCUGGACUUCCCAGUUCUGCCCCAUCCUCUCUGCUCCAGUCAGAUGCACUCAGCAGUGAAGGCCGUACUCAAUUUGGAGAUAACCUACAGGCCGACACCCUUUUCCUUCACCCACUACAUGACAGUUUUGGGCACCCUAGAGGAAGUGGGAAUAGUGGUAAUGGAGGGCGUGGAGGGGUUGAUCCAUUUGGUUUGGACUUUCAGCGCUCCAGUCUGGGGCUACAUUCCCUCGGGCGACCCACGCGAAGUGCUAGCGGAGCUACCCCCACCGUUCUGGGUUACCCAGGCUUCAGACGCAUCGCCCCAAAGAUGACCAAUAGCAUGGGGAGGGAAGAGGGCGGCGUUCUCCAGGAUCCCGCCUCCUCCUCGUCCAGCCUGGCAAGCCCCAUGCUCCUUGGUGAGAGCCCAGGAUAUGAUAUGUCUGGUAGUAGGCCCACAUCUCUUCCGCCUCAGCUCACCCGAGCCUCGGCAGAUGUCCUGUCCAAGUGCAAGAAGGCUUUGUCGGAGCACAACGUCUUGGUCGUGGAGGGCGCUCGCAAAUACGCCUGUAAGAUCUGCUGUAAGACAUUUCUGACGCUGACCGACUGCAAGAAACACAUCCGGGUCCACACGGGGGAGAAACCCUACGCUUGCCUCAAGUGUGGGAAGCGCUUCAGCCAAUCCUCACAUCUGUACAAGCAUUCAAAGACCACCUGUCUACGCUGGCAGAACAGCAACAUGUCCAACGCCCUGCUUUAGAGCUCUUGUUUUCUUGCAUUUUCAAUCCACAGGAGGAUGCUAGAAGCAGGUCUUGAUCAAAGACAAGGAGCGCAAUUAUCCAUCCAACAAGGUUAGCUCAUGACAAGAUAAUGAACCUAAUGAUGCAGAACCUGUGGAAAAAACACUUAUAUCGACUCAUAAAGUAACAAAACUAGACAACAUAUCUCCCUAUGGAUUAUGCAGUGCAGCCCUGUCACUCCAGCAAUCAGUAAGGUCAUUCAGAUAUGUUGUCUGCUUGGUGCUACGUUUCCACCUUUGACCUUUGUUUACUGAUGGGACUUUACCUUCAGCCAACCACUGAAUUGCACCUGUAGUGUGCAAGAAAGGUGUGGAGUAAAAUGCGCAGCAUGCUUUCUGCAAGUUGAUCAUAGCACCAUCUGCGUUUAGACUAGAAAAAAAAACAAAAGUAUUGACGAGGAAUUGUUGUCACAAUACACUGGAAAAUGCGUCCAAUUGCACCUUUUUUUGUGUUGAGGGGCAUGACGAGAAAGAAAUGUUUUCAGAAAUGUAAAUGUUGGACUCUUGUGUUUCAACACGUUUUUCUCAUAGAGAAAGUAAGUGUAUAUGUUUACUGUACUUCAUAUCAGUGCUUUGAAACGUGUCUUAUGCAUCUCAUAUUGCACGUACUGUUUGUGUUACACAGACAAAUCCUUGCUUUGAUAUUAGGGAUAGGCAUUUGGCUACAUUUCCUGGACCAACUGUUCAUUUACAGCUCAUUUUUAUUUUUGUGAUUAUUUUUAAUGGAAUAGGAGAAGCUCUUGCUGAAUGCUCUGAACUUCCGUGUCCAUGCCAUUGUUGUAUUGAGCAGAAUAAUCCUGCUCAAAAGUGAUGCCACAGUGUCCAUCUGAUGGCAUGUUGGUCUUCUUUCAACAGUAAAGAAUUCGAGACUGAAUCAACUACA